AUGCCACAAUCAUGUAAAGACAUACGAGCCGCCCUAGCAUUCUGUCUGCAAAACAGCGACUGCAUCAUGGUCGAGCGCCACACCGCUGGCGAAUGCCUCCGCCCCCCUCUAAAAUACACACUGCCCACACAAUGCCAGCAACUCCAACGGGGCUAUGCAGAGUGCAAAAAGGGCAUGAUUGAUAUGCGCAAGCGCUUUCCCGGAAACAGGCCGAUUGCAGUGCAAGGCCAAUUGGAGACGGGCGCGUUUGGAGAGGGCAGGGCGGAGGCAGGAUGA